ACUGUCGCGAGGGAGGCUUCUUCCCAUGGCACCAGGAGUUAUGGCUAUUCUAGCACUGAUGUAUGUGUCCCCCUGGUUGGACGCGAGGCUUCAUUGAUUGCAGGAACUCAGAGGACGAAAUCAUGUCCCCCUCCAGCUGAUUGAGGACCCCGUGUAAAGAAAUAAAGGUUUGGAUAUGUUGCACCACAUGGAGGGGGAUUCAGCAGAUGAUGACCUGGAAGAGGUAAUGAACGAGCCCCUCCACACAUCGGAUUCCCACCAGUCGAAACCCAGAACCAGCAGCAUCUCAGAGACUGAAUUCUCAUGUCACUGUUGCUACAACGUCUUGGUCAACCCCACCACCUUGACCUGUGGCCAUAACUUCUGCCGCCACUGUUUGGCACAGUGGUGGGAGUCUUCACACAAGACUGAAUGCCCAGAGUGUCGAGAGAAAUGGGAAGGCUUCCCUAAAAUCAACAUAAUGCUAAGAGAUGCGACUGAGAAGAUUUUCAGUGAGACUGUGGAGAAAAGAAGGGAGGAAAUAAAGGCUAAUCCCAAAAUCUCUAGAAGCCUGUUGGCCUUUCAGAGGUAUGGGGACAAGCUGGGUCGAUCCAAGACGGUCCAGAACAAAGGAGCGGGUUUCUUCUUCUCUGGAGUCUUAACUGCGCUCACAUGUGUGGCUGUGGUGGUGCUGGUGUACCACUGGGGCAGUGGAGUGGUGGAACACCAGGACUUGUUGAUAACAAAGCCAGUGUCUCACUGGACUCCAGAAGAAGUUGUGUCCUGGCUGGAACAGCUGGGUCCGUGGACAGAGAGCUACAGAGAACCCUUCCAGCUGGAGAACGUUAAUGGAAGGUUACUGUUGAUGCUGGGAGACGAAGAGCUGUUAAAACCUCCAUUCAGCAUAGAGAAUCAGACACACAGACGAGCUGUUUUGGCAGAAUUGGAUCGAGUUAAAACGCUGGGGGUCAAACCUCCACAGAACCUCUGGGAAUACAAAGCGGCUAACGCAGGAAAGUCCUUGUUCCUGCUAUAUGCACUGAAGCGCUCUCCUCGUCUCACAAUCUUUUAUUUGUAUUUAUUUGAUUAUUCGGAGACAUUUCUGCCCUUCCUGCACACCUGCUGUCCAGCCAUCACACAUAUCGAUAACCCUGUGGAGAGCAGAUUCCUCUACGACCAGUUGGAGCCCAGCUGGCAGCAGUGGGCAGAGUUUCUGGUGAAAUACCUGGUUCUUCCAUACCAGCUGAUUGCAGAGUUUGCAUGGGACUGGUUGGCCGUCCACUACUGGACGUCCCGCUUCAUCAUCGUCAACGCUAUGCUGCUCUCUGUCCUUGAGGCUUGCUCUCUGUGGAGGCUCUGGACGACAGCCCCAAUCAGGUCGCUGCCUCAGAAGAUGUGGAACCACCUGUGGAAGAUGCUCUCUCAGGGAUUCGCCUUCGCUCUCAUGUGGCCUUUUAUCCCGCAGUUUGUGUGCAACUGCCUUUUCUACUGGGCUCUCUACUUCAGCCCCAUCAUUAACAUAGACCUGGUGGUGCAGCAGCUGAUGCACCCUGAAACGCAGGCGCGGUAACAGACACUGCCUGAGGAAUGCUGUACAGUUGACAGCAAACUCAAUAAACCUCCGCCCAACUUGUUCAUUUUUAGCUGUAAAUUCCGAUAACUGGCUUCAAUUUAUUUGAUUUACUGUCUUCCUGUCUUUGCUACAUCAUACAGUGUGAGAAAUUAGAGACUCCAAGCUGCCAUGGGAGAAACGGCGGAUCACUGCUACGAUCCUGGAUGUCUUCUGUGUAUUAAAAACCACAAUGCCUGUAGUAUCCCAGUGACAAUUAUACACAUUUAAGUCAGAACUGAGCACUGCUGGCAUUGAAGAGUUAUCAAGCAUGCCUAAUUCAGUGAAUACUAAAUGAAUGGUCACUAUAGAAGACUCAAUACAAGAUUCAUAUCUUUAUAAUAUAUUGAAUUCUGUUGUCAGGGUUGUUGGGGGAAAUUAUAAUCAAAGGAUGCAACACACAGCUACUUCAAGGAUCAUAUUUGAUUUGAAUUUAGAGGUACUUUGCAUCUUUUUGCAAUGCUGGUCCUAUUGCCACAAAUCUAUAGAACUUGAAGAGUUUUUUGAAAUUACCUUUUGUUAACGUUUCCCGUUCAUAUCUUAGCAUUCAUUCUGUUCAGAUAUUGAAGACUUAAAAAUCAGGUGUUGACUUAAAGAUCAGAUGUUUUCUUUUGCUGCAAAAUGUGUAAAGCUGAGUUCAAAAAAUGUUUAUUUUGUUAUUUUUUUAAGUUGCUUUUACUGCUGAUAAAUACUGUUGCACAUCUUUUACUAUUCAGUAAAAAAAUCUUUUCAUUUAGUUGUUGGACCAAACCAAUAAAAUUUGUAUUAUAAAUUUAUUUGCACUUGAAAUUCAACACUGUGACAGUUCUUAUAAGUUCUUGAAUGAAUUAAAUAAAUUGUUUUUUUAUGUGGAAAA